UCUCUGCGUCAGGGUUUCCAGCGGAGCCUCAACAGUGUAGCACGUUGUCAAAUCGCUUGGUAUCCACGGUGAAUCCUCAGCAGCGCUCAGGGAAACAGGGUUUGUGGUGAAAACCUUGAACAUCGACAACAGGAAAAGCUGUGUUUCUGGUGAUGGAAGAGGACGAUGACUGCCCAGAGCUGGUGCCCAUCGCCGCCCAGGCCGGUUCUACUGCAGAGCAGAUCCCUGUCACCAUCAUCACAGGCUACCUCGGUGCCGGAAAGACCACGCUCCUGAACUACAUAUUAACAGAGCAGCACAACAAGCGGAUCGCCGUCAUACUCAAUGAAUUUGGAGAGGGCAGUGCCCUGGAGAAGUCUCUCGCAGUGAGCCAGGGGGGGGAGCUGUACGAGGAGUGGCUGGAGCUGAGAAAUGGCUGCCUCUGCUGCUCGGUCAAGGACAAUGGUCUUAAAGCCAUUGAGAACCUGAUGGAGAAGAAAGGAAAGUUUGACUACAUCCUGUUAGAAACCACUGGACUCGCUGAUCCAGGCGCUGUGGCCUCCAUGUUCUGGGUCGACGCAGAGCUUGGCAGUGACAUUUAUUUGGACGGCAUCGUCACCGUCAUCGAUGCCAAGUACGGACUGCAGCAACUGACCGAAGAAAAAUCUGAUGGACUCGUGAAUGAAGCAGUCAGACAGAUUGCUCUCGCUGACCUGACCGUUAUCAACAAGACAGACCUGGUGACUGAGGACGAGCUAAACCGAGUCCGAGACACUGUCAGAUCGAUAAAUGGUCUCGUCAAGAUUCUAGAAUGCCAGAGAUCGAGGGUGGAUCUCUCUGAAGUUCUGGAUCUACAUUGUUUCGACAGUAAGGACGGAGCAAAUCUGGCCGAGAAGCUCCGGCUUGUGAAACCGACGAACCCUCAUCUCGACAAGAGUAUUUUAACGGUGACGUUUGAAGUGGCUGGAGAUCUCUCUGAGGACGCCUUGAAUAUUUUUAUCCAGGAGCUCUUAUGGGAAAAGAUGUUCAAAAACAAAGAGGGGCAACCCAUGACCGUCAUCCGGUUAAAGGGCAUAGUAUCAUUUGCAGCUAACGCCCACCAAGUGAUGCUGCAGGGGGUCCACGAGCUGUACGAGCUGAAUGAGACUCCACAGCUUUGGGAGGAGAACCUGCGGAUCAACCGACUGGUCUUCAUAGGUAGGAACCUGGACAAGGACAUUCUGCAGGAACAGUUCAUUUCCAGAGUGAUGCAGGAGUCAUAGAGAAAUUAGCUAGAAGAUCUUUUCUCCUCUUCACAUCAAAAACUGGAGUCUGGAGCAGAAGCUGUGGCUCUUGUCGUCCGUGGAUCUGGGACCGUGUGUUUCAGAUGUAAAUUCCUUUCCUUCGUGAGGGUGAGGUACGUCAGAGGACGUCUGUGCUGUAGUGAUCAAGACGGUAGUUUUACCAGGUUUAAAAGCUACAGCGUGUGUGUUUUGCUGUGGUUCCUGAGUUAAAUACUGCGUGAUGUGCUUCACACCCUGGAAACUUACCAAAUAUGACCCCCCCCCAAAAAAAAAUAAAUAAAUAUAUAAGUAAGAAUGUGUGUAUUCACAAAAGAUACCAGAAAAAUCUAGAAAUGUAAUCAACAUGCUGCAUUUUAAUAAUGCAGGCCUUGUAAAAUCUGCAAUGUUUGAAGGAUAGAGCCCCAGUAGUGAUGCACUUACUGUUUCAAAUCUGGUACAAGACUGUAUUUUGUAAAUGAGACUCGCUCAUGUUUCUGUCUUUUAUCAUCCUGUAUUUUUAAAUUAUUCAAAAUAAAUCUUUCUUUCUGAA